AUGAUUCAUCCUAUACAGACUGCGGUGGUAAAUCGUGAUGGUUCGGUGGUGUUCUGCGUCAUCAAGAAUAUGAUUCAAGUGUUUCGAUGGGAUCAGACCAAAAGCGAGUUCGUUGCAGCCGGACAGUGGGUUGAUGACGAGGAUAGUUCGAACGCCAUCAAGAAAAAAGUCUCGGAAGAGCAACAGCGUCAAAGAGCCGAAAAUGAGGCCAAAAGACGUAAAAUUGAAGAUGACGCAGCUGAAAGCGAGACUGCCAAAAGGUCUAGGAGGCACAAGGACGCGAAAGUGCCUGUUCCAGGAGCUGGCGCCCCCCCUGUAUAUAAUCACGUCCGCAAUUUGGCCUUGUCGCGCGACGAAAAGCUUCUUUACGCCUGUACGGACUCUGACAAGGCUCUAGUGGUGUUUGCCCUUGACUUUGACAAGGAAAACUGUCUCAUACUUCAAAAACGUCAACCACUACCGAAAAGACCCAACGCAUUGACCACUACUCAAGAUGACAAACAAGUACUUGUUGCCGACAAGUUUGGGGAUGUAUACUCUGUGGACGCACGCGGUUCUGAUGUCGUUGACGUCUCUAAAGGCAAUUUGGAGCCGAUUUUGGGACAUGUUUCGCUGCUCACCGCAGUUGCAAUUGUCUGCGAUGCAGAUGGCAAACAGUUGCUGGUCACAGCAGACAGAGAUGAGCAUAUUAGACUCACGCAUUAUCCUCAAACCUACAUCGUCGACAAAUGGCUAUUUGGCUCGAAACAAUUUGUGUCCACACUUUGUGUUCCCGAAUGGGGGACCAAUCUGCUUUUCAGCGCCGGCGGUGACAACUUCGUGAGUUCAUGGAACUGGCAGUCAGGCGAGCUAGUGGACGCGCUAGACAUCGACGAACUGGUAAACCCCUUCCUAGGUGAUGCUCAGUUGGCCCCCAGCAAGUUUCAAGACGAGAGCAACUCCCUCGUUGAGUAUGCUGUAUCAAAACUAGUCACAUUUUCUAAUUUGCCUUACGUCGCAUUUUUCGUCGAGCAAACAAGAGCGCUAUUCAUUUGCAAAGUUGACCCUCUGGUUGGGAAACUAAUGCUCGUUCAGACAAUUGAAAUGUCACUAAACAUCGUCUCAUUAUCCAGUGCUCUUUCGGCAGAUUCGAUAAUGGUCACUUUAGACCACCGAGACUCCGAGAAUGCUCAUCUUGCUGCGUUUAUAACCUGGGACGGAACCCAGUUUUCUGUCGACGGCGAGAAGAAUAUUAGUUUCCACAACUGCAUUACGGAAAAGCUCCAUGAGGAUCCAGUUGCAAGCACUGAAGCCCAAGAUAUCUAUCCACUGUACAGUGUGGCAACUUUGAGAAAACGCGCAGAAAACUAG